UUACAAGAUAAACUUUUUGAGUCUAAAAGCUUAUUUAGGUUGCUGAUAUGCUUUGAGUACUUAAUUUUCUUUCCUUAUUGUCGUCUCAGUCAUUGUGUUUAGAAGAAGAAGCAAAGACAUGGAGCUGUUACAUGAAACCACAUCAUCUGCUUCCCCACCCGCCCCAGCUCCGGCUCCCGCUGCCAGUCAUGGUUGUCCAGAGUACGGUGCACCUGUUCCUUGGAUUGGCCUCUACAUUGCAGCUGCAACAAUGAAGAUCAAAACUCCCAGCAUGAUAGAUGAAACAAGAUGGAUAUUAACAAAAGAAGUGUGGUUGCAAUGGAAGAAUCCCAACCAUUGGUUCCGAACCAAGAUUGACUCGCCUGAGUAUAAGUCUAAGGAAUCCAAGAACAAGGUUCUUAAGCAAGCUUUUCAUGCUUUAGGACAAAAAUUUGGUUCGUUGGCUUCAAAACACAAAGCUUUGGUUACAACUGAAUCUUUAAUCAUUUCUAAAUUCAUGGCGGAAGCGGAAACAAAUGAUGAUUUGGAUAAAAAGAUUGAUUUCUUAAAAAAAUGUUUUGUUGAAAUGAUCCGUUUUCUUCUGUCCAAACUCCCAUUGGCUAUACUGAAGGAGAUCCAUGGAGAUGAUCCAACUGAAAUAGGUGAAGAAAGAAUGAGAAAAGCCUUGAAGUUCCUUGGUAAACUUGAGUUGUUAUCCGAGGUUGGGGACAAAAUCAAAUGGUCAUGGCCAGAUAAACUCUACCUUGAUGCUGUUGGUUCUGCUGAAGGAGAUGAUAAUGCUUGAAUGACAAUAUCAGUGUUGCUGCUUGUUCAUUUCGUAGCUUAUUGUUAUAUGUUUUAGAUUUCUAAAUACUACCAUUGUAGUAUAUGUUUGUAAUAAUCAAGGUUUCUAGCAAGUAUUAUGUGUGGUUUAUGGAGAUGAACUUCUCUGUAAUUAUUACUGCUUAUAUGUAAAUAAUGUUUGCAUUCCUUUUGUUUGAA